AUGCCUUCCGCUAUUACUCAAGCCAAUUUAAAACAACAGAAUUUUAAUAAUUCAUCAUCAUCAAGUAAUUCGAAACUACAUUUCACUCCAUUGAUUCCAAAGAGUUCGAUCUCAAAGAAGAAUAGUAAUGGUAGUUCGAAUGGUUCGCCCCACUUGGUCAUUAAGACUUCAAAACGUUGGAUCUUACCUCCAAGACCAAGACCUGGGAAGAGAAACGCUCCAACCGGUAGUGCAACUACUUCUUUGAAUUCAAAUUCUCAAACACAUACUUCCACUUCUCCUUCUACUUCUUUAACAUCUGCAUCUAACAACGAACAACAUCAACAACAGAAGAACACUUCUACCACUUUGCAUACAACUUCGAAAAAAGUUAAAUCGAUUAGCAUUCCAAAGAAAGAAUUAAAACAAUCGCAACAACAAAAACAUCAUCACCUUAAUGACAAGACUCUUACAUCGAAACAACAAAGAGGUGAGUUGAAUUAUUUAGCAUUUUUGAAUUUCGAAGAAAGUGAUGAAACCGAUAGAUCGACUUCUAAUGGUAGUGGUGAAACGUUAAUUCACGAUUCUAUCCCAACUACAAGAGUUACUAGAAAGAAUCUACCUCUAUUGAUGGUCUCUAACAGUAAUUCAAAAGAAGUGACACCAAUGACUUCUAAUGUGAAAACUCCAUCUCUUAUGACUUUAGCCAAACAUACUAAGAUGUCAGGUAAAGACGUUCCUCGUUCUCCAUUGGAUGUGUCACCAAGUGCUACUAUGGUUUCAACACCAAGUAGUACAUCAGCCGCUGAUCAAUUUCAAAGAAGAUUUUCUGCUCCAAUAAAAUCAUCUGCAGAUAAAAUCAAUAGAGUUGAUGAAAAUGCAUAUUUCCAAAAGAUGUAUGAUGAAAUGGAUAUUAUCCAAGAUGUUGACAUGGAUUUUGAAUUAUUUUCAAAUUCAUCUACUACUGUUAGUCCGGGUUCGACAAAUAAAGAAAUGUCAGCAACUACUGAUGACACAAACUUGACUUUAGACACUGAGGAUGAACUAUAUAACACCAUCUGGGAAUUCUUACCACGUUAUACAAACAAUAACAAAGCUGAACUAGUUAACAAGGAGACUGAAAAGGUCAAUGCUAACUACCUUUAUGUUGCCCCUUCAUUAGAAGAACUAAUGGAUGAACAAGACAAUUUCAUGAAUUUAUUUGAAGAAACGUCUAACAAUGUAUCAGCCAACAAUAACAUUUCCUCUACAUUUAACGAUAUUAAUGAUUUUACGUCAAAUAAUAAUAUGAAAAACUUUAUCACCAGUAAUGAUUUCGAUGAUGACCAUGAUUUCGAUAUCUUGAAAUCUGAAACUUUUUAG